AAGAAGAAAAUUAUAAGCAAGCGGAUGAGAGAAGCCGCCACCACCUGCAAUGGACGAGAGACUUCUCCUCCUCUUCUCAACAAUAACAGCAACCAUAUAAGGCCUUAGUCAGCUUAAGAUCUUAACUAUUAGCUCCCAUGGAGGCCGGCGGGGAGACUGCAUCGGCAUCGAACCGGCCGGGCCGCACGCCGAGCCCGAGGGGCAGAGGCAGAUCCCUGGCUCCGUUCCUCUCGAAGACAUACGAACUCGUCGAGGGAUCGGAGGCACCGCAUGUCGUUUCGUGGAAUGAAGAGGGGACUGGGUUCGUUGUGUGGUUGCCCCAGGAGUUCUCACAGUUCAUACUGCCUCGGUACUUCAAGCACUGCAACUUCGCCAGCUUCAUCCGCCAACUUAAUACAUAUGGAUUCAAAAAAACUGCUUCUGACCGUUGGGAAUUCCGGCAUGAGAAAUUUCAAAAGGGCAGGAGGCAUUUGCUAGCAGAGAUUGCUAGAAGAAAAUGCGGACCAAGUGUCUUCCCCAGUUUUCUAAAAGCCUGUGAAAAAUGCCCACCUCCCAUAGAGAAUGAUGUACUUGAAGAAAAUAAGAUCCUACAGCAAAGGAAUGCAGAACUGCUGUCGCAGAUCAAACAUUACAAGGCUCUCGAGGCAGAAUUGCUAAAAUCCAUAUCUAAAUAUGUCAGAUAAUGACGAAAAAGUAGUUUCCUGAGUAUAGAGAAUAAUUUUUCUCCAAGUUGAAAGCCAAAAAUGGCACAUGUUUUCUUUCAACCAUGGAAAACCAUUGUCAAUACACAGUCUGGAAAUAUAUGACAAAUCAAAUUUUCUCCAGAUCAACCAAGCAUGCACCCCUCACAGCCCUUGUUCUGUCUAAUUUCUUAUUAAUUACCAACUCUCAUACAAAUAAUUUUCUUUCAUAUACAUAAAACGAGGUUAAUGAAGUUCAAUACAUUGAAUACUAAAAAAUAAACUAAAUUAUGCAAACAGGCAAUCAUCAGCAGUAAACUGGACUCAAAUGGUGACAUCUAAUAAUCAGCUAACACUUUUGAACCUGGGCUACCAGCUUGUUACAGAACUACAGAGGGCAAGUCCACAGU